GUGUGUUUGUGCAUAUAUAUAUAUGCCAAAUCUUACAGAACUUGUCAUAACUCGACUUUGUUACCUCAUUUCAGGUUGAUAUAGAAAAUGAGCAGCGGAGAACAAUCUCCCAGCCGAGCUCCCAAGCUGAAUGAAAGGAUCCUGUCGUCCUUGUCAAAGAGAUCAGUCAUUGCACAUCCUUGGCAUGACAUUGAAAUUGGAUCUGAAGCGCCCCAUAUUGUCAACUGUGUUGUUGAGAUAACAAAAGGAAGUAAAGUCAAAUACGAACUGGACAAAAAAACAGGCAUGAUAAAGGUAGAUCGAGUUCUGUACUCAUCAGUUGUUUAUCCCCAUAACUAUGGUUUCAUCCCACGCACACUAUGUGAAGACAACGACCCUCUGGAUAUUUUGGUCCUUAUGCAGGAGCCUGUUCUUCCUGGAAGCGUUCUGAGAGCUAAGCCUAUAGGGUUGAUGCCCAUGAUUGACCAAGGCGAAAAAGACGACAAGCUCAUAGCUGUAUGUGCCGACGAUCCAGAAUACAGACACUACACCGACUUCAAACAACUUCCCCCUCAUCGACUUGCUGAAAUCCGACGCUUCUUUGAAGACUAUAAGAAGAAUGAGAAUAAAGAGGUUGCAGUUAACGCAUUCUUGUCUCCUGAAACUGCAUUUGACGUCAUUCAAAAUUCCAUUGAUCUGUAUGCUGAAUAUAUCAUGCAAACACUAAAGCGAUAAGCAUCAAUUACUACAUUCUCUUUGGCGUUUGUGAGACCUAUAAGUUGACGGGAGCAGAAGCUGACAACACGUUCAGAAUUUGCGGCUACUUGAAUAAUGACAACAACGUAACGUCCUUUGAUUUCAUUGACCUACAAACCAAUGUGAAAUAGUCUAUUGGGGUUGUGGUGUUAUUAGUCCUUUGAAAUUUGAAAUUGGUAAUUGCAAGUUUUUAUA